CGCACCGCGGCGGGCCGGGCGCGCGCGGGCCAUGUCCGCCUUCUGCCUGGGCUUGGCCGGCCGCGCUUCAGCACCCGCCGAGCCGGACAGCGCCUGCUGCAUGGAGCUGCCCGCCGCGGCCCCCGACGCCCUGGGGAGCCCCGCCGCCGCCGCCGCCGCCGCCGCCGCCCUCGUCUCCUUCCCCGGGGGCCCCGGGGACCUGGAACUGGCGUUCGAGGAGGAGCUGGCGCUGCUGGCGGCCGGGGAGCGGCCGUCCGAGCCCGGGGAGCAGCCCGCGGCCGAGCCCGCGCCGCCGGCCGACGGGGCCGCGCCGCCGCCCGCGCGGGAUCCCGAGCUGCUGUCGGUGAUCCGGCAGAAGGAGAAGGACCUGGUGCUGGCGGCGCGGCUGGGCAAGGCGCUGCUCGAGAGGAACCAGGACAUGAGCCGGCAGUACGAGCGCAUGCACAAGGAGCUGACGGACAAGCUGGAGCACUUAGAACAAGAGAAACAUGAACUGAGAAGAAGAUUUGAGAACCGAGAAGGGGAGUGGGAAGGGCGUGUGUCAGAACUGGAGAGUGAUGUGAAACAGCUUCAGGAUGAGCUGGAGAGGCAGCAGCUUCACCUACGGGAGGCAGAUCGAGAGAAAACGCGGGCUGUCCAGGAGCUGUCAGAACAGAACCAAAGGUUACUGGAUCAACUCAGCAGGGCAUCAGAAGUUGAGAGACAACUCUCCAUGCAAGUCCAUGCCCUCAGAGAAGACUUCCGGGAGAAAAACUCUUCAACCAACCAGCACAUCAUUCGGCUGGAGAGCCUUCAGGCCGAGAUCAAGAUGCUGUCGGACCGGAAACGGGAGCUGGAGCAUCGUCUCAGCGCCACCUUGGAAGAAAAUGACCUGCUCCAAGGGACCGUGGAAGAACUGCAGGACCGGGUGCUGAUCCUGGAGAGGCAAGGCCAGGACAAAGACCUCCAGCUGCACCAGAGCCAGCUGGAGCUCCAGGAGGUGCGACUGUCCUGCCGGCAGCUGCAGGUGAAGGUGGAGGAGCUGAGUGAGGAGCGGAGCCUGCAGAGCUCCACCGCCACCAGCACGUCGCUCCUGUCAGAGAUAGAGCAGAGUAUGGAGGCCGAGGAGCUGGAGCAGGAGCGAGAGCAGCUGAGGCUGCAGCUCUGGGAAGCCUACUGCCAGGUCCGCUAUCUCUGCUCCCACCUUCGUGGAAACGAUAGUGCCGACUCGGCCGUCUCCACCGACUCCUCCAUGGACGAGUCUUCCGAAACCUCAUCUGCCAAGGAUGUGCCAGCCGGCAGCUUGCGCACUGCCCUCAGCGAGCUCAAGAGGCUGAUCCAGAGCAUUGUGGAUGGCAUGGAGCCCACGAGUUCUCGAAGAAUUGAUGAUGACUUAGAAGAACAGAUAAGGCAGACCAGUGAGGACUCCAGAGCCCUCAGGGAACUCAUGGAGGGAGAGAGGGGGAAACUAAGGCAAAGCCUAGAAGAGCUGCAGCAACUCCACAGCCAGGUGACUCUGCUGAGUGUGGAGAUGACUGCGCUGAAGGAGGAGCGAGACCGACUCCGAGUGACAGCCGAAGACAAGGAACCACAGGAGCAGCUUCAGAAGGCCAUCAGGGACCGUGACGAAGCCAUCGCUAAGAAGAACGCUGUGGAGCUGGAACUUGCCAAGUGCAAGAUGGACAUGAUGUCUCUGAACAGCCAGCUGCUGGACGCCAUUCAGCAGAAACUGAACCUCUCCCAGCAGCUGGAGGCGUGGCAGGACGACAUGCACAGGGUCAUUGACCGGCAGCUGAUGGACACGCACCUGAAGGAACGGAGCCGGCCCGCUGCCGCCUUCUCCAGGGCCCGGGCUGCAGGGCGCGGGGCCGAGCCCAGCUCCGCCGAAGGCAAAAGGCUCUUCUCAUUCUUCAGGAAAAUCUGAGCGCAGAGGAACUGACUACUGCGGGUGGGUGGAUGGGCUGGAGGCGGCUGGAAGGGGUGCGGGCGGGGUCCAGCGCACGGGGGACACACCCUAGCUUCCCCUGGGCUGUCCUGGCAGGGCCGUUCAGCUUCUGAUAGCUGUCCCCAACAUCAGGGCACGAGGGGCAGCCCUCGCUGCCAGGGAGCCGCUGCUGGGCGAGCGAGGCUCGGGCUGCCUCUGUUGCUCGGACCCAUGGGUGAGAACCAGCCCCCCCCCCGCCCGCCCACCCCACCCCUUGGUCGCUCCAGCUCCCCACUCCAGGCACACUCCUCUCCUGCUUUGGAACAUGGGAGCGAGCCACGAUGCCCUGCUGCAGGCCCGAGUCUUGUCUCUCGAUCCCUGCCUGGGGAGUCGGGAAUGAAGGGGCCUCUCCCCCACGUGCGUGCACCUCUGCUGGGAGCAUCUCCUGCCGAGACCCAGCGUGCAGCGCUGCAGGCCUGGCUGGGCCCCGGAGGAAGGGCAAGGGGGUCCCUCACCGGCCUCACUUCCCCCACCUACACGAAUUCUUGGCUCAGCCCCCCAGAAUGGUCCACGGUAACCACCGCCACCUCGAGGGCAGGGUUGGCACCGCGAGGUAGAUGCCCCAUUUCCUGCCCAGCCAGCCUGCAGAAGGAUGAAUCUUGGAAGCAGCUGCUUCUGCCGCCCUCAGCGGCCGGCCCCCCUCCCUGCUGAGGCCCCGACUCGAGCGCCGGCGGGCAGCCACGGCAGCCCCCAAUAUGCUUCCCAGUGGAUUCAUCUCCCUCCCUCCCGUGGGAAAGCACAGCAGGGACGAGCAGAAAGAAUGUACCUAUAGAUAUGUACAUACCACAGUGCUGUAAUUUUGUAUGUAGCAAUCAUGUAAAUACAUGUAUGAAUUUUAUAAUACACCUAUUAUAUAUAAAUCUAUAAAGGCAUAUUUUUAGAAAACAGCACAUCACUGCUUCUUUUGGAAAUAGUCUAAAUAAGAAUAAAAUGAAUUUCUACAGA